AUGUAAAUGACUUUGCCUUUUAAGGACAAGUCUCCGCCCUCGUCAAGUCCACGCUUGUCCCCCCCGAGAGCUCUGGAGCCGCGGAACCCGAGAGAAGGUGCGCUCCGCUGGGACACAGGAGGCAUUAAGAGACGGGGAGGGAGGGAAUGAGAUUUCUUGCUACCCAAUCCCUCUUUUCCCCAGGGACAGCAAGCCUUCCCUGGUCCAUCCCUCCCUCUUGUUUGGUAAUCAUUUCAUUUUACUCCUUUUUGAAGCAGUCGCCCGUUUUAUCCCACUUUUCAUUUCACAAUCCCGUGCGCGUCUGUUCGCCUUCUUCUUCAGAGCAAGUUCGCGUUCUCCCCUCUUUCUCCCCGCGACGAGAAGGUCUGCUUGAUCCCGGCUGAUCGUUUCCUUUGAGAUGCUCCACAGCUCUUGCCUUCUCUCCACCCUCUUUUAACUAGAGACCGGUUAAUCUUGAGUGAACUGAACUUGGGUUUGGAAUCUAAAAGAAAGAGGAACACCCAAAGGGAUACGGCAGCGCGUCUUUGGAUAAGGACCUCUUUCCCCUUGUUGCACUUUGGGGGAAGAUUUUUUUUCCCUUUCAGUUGGUUUUUGUUAAUCCAGGUGGUGCAGGAGGAUUAUUCCACUCGAGCUGGUGUAGAAAGACAUCCCCCAGAAGGCUAUUUUCAUGUUCUCCAUCCAGGACGGUCUCCCACGGGGAGCCUUGACCAUGAAAGAAGAGCCCCUUACGAGUGGCAUGACGCCGGUGCGCUCUUGGAUGCAGAGCGCGGGGAUACUGGAUGCCAACACAGCUGCGCAAAGUGGUGUGGGUUUGGCAAGAGCCCAUUAUGAAAAGCAGCCUCCCUCAAACCUGCGCAAGUCAAACUUCUUCCACUUUGUGCUGGCCCUGUAUGACCGGCAGGGACAGCCCGUCGAGAUCGAGAGAACCUCCUACGUGGACUUUGUGGAAAAAGACAAAGAAUACAACGGUGAGAAGACCAACAAUGGCAUCCACUACAGGUUACAGCUUCUCUACAGCAACGGUAUCAGGACAGAACAGGAUCUGUUCGUUCGAUUAAUAGACUCCAUGACUAAACAGGCAAUCCUUUAUGAAGGCCAAGACAAAAACCCAGAGAUGUGUCGCGUUCUCCUCACCCAUGAGAUCAUGUGCAGCCGGUGUUGUGACAAGAAGAGCUGCGGGAACCGAAACGAGACGCCAUCUGAUCCUGUCAUCAUUGACAGAUUUUUCCUGAAAUUCUUCCUCAAGUGUAAUCAGAACUGUUUGAAAAAUGCAGGGAACCCCAGAGACAUGAGGCGAUUUCAGGUGGUGGUGUCCACCACAGUGAAUGUGGACGGCCAUGUCCUGGCCGUGUCAGAUAACAUGUUCGUCCACAACAACUCCAAACAUGGGCGGAGGGCACGACGCCUGGACCCUUCUGAAGCAGCCACUCCAUGCAUUAAGGCCAUCAGCCCUAGUGAAGGAUGGACGACUGGGGGGGCGACCGUCAUCAUCAUUGGGGACAACUUCUUUGACGGAUUACAAGUGGUCUUCGGCACGAUGCUGGUUUGGAGUGAGCUCAUCACACCUCACGCUAUUCGGGUGCAGACGCCCCCUAGACACAUCCCUGGGGUCGUGGAGGUCACACUGUCUUACAAGUCCAAGCAAUUCUGCAAAGGAGCUCCGGGACGCUUCGUCUACACAGCUCUGAAUGAACCCACCAUAGACUAUACGGUUUCCAGAGGCCUACAGAAGGUCAUCCCUCGCCACCCUGGAGACCCAGAGAGGUAACCUAAGGAGGUACUGCUGAAGAGAGCCGCAGACCUGGUGGAGGCACUGUAUGGGAUGCCUCAUAAUAAUCAGGAGAUCAUUUUAAAGCGAGCUGCAGACCUGACGGAGGCGCUGUACAGCGUGCCGCGGAGCCAUAACCAGUUGCCCUCGCUGACAGGCUCCAGCGCUCACUCAGGCAUGAUGGGAGUUAACUCUUUCAGCAGCCAGCUCGCCGUCAACAUCUCUGAGGCCUCACAGGGAGACCAAGGUUACUCUCGUAACUCAAACAGCGUGUCUCCUCGCGGGUACGUGCCGACCUCCACACCUCAACAGUCCAACUACAACACCAUCACCUCCACCAUGAACGGAUACGGAGCCGGAAUGACCAACCUGGGCGUCCCUGGAUCCCCGAGUUUCCUCAACGGAUCCGCCGCCAACUCUCCUUACGCAAUCACCCCCUCAAGUCCUCUAUUGGAGCACCAUGCCUCCUCUUCCUCCUCCUCUUCAUGCAUCCCUACUUCCAUCUCUCUGUCUGCGGGCCCUUUCUCAUUCUCUCCUGUCCAUAUGAUCUCUGCAGUCAAACAGAAGAGCGCCUUCGCGCCUGUCGUCCGGCCACAGACCUCCCCGCCCCCCACCUGCACCAGCACCAAUGGGAGCAGCCUACAGGCUAUGGCGGGUCUGAUUGUCCCUCCCAUGUGAAGAGGAACCUGAUCUUCCUCUAAGGCUUCAUUGAGCCCACAACAAACUCACUGGCUCACCAAAUCUGUCUGCCACUCCCUUAUUGAACAUCACCAGUCCUACGAGGAGCUGCCCGAAAAGAACAUCUACACCUGGAUCACUAAAAAAAAAAUAUAUAUAUAUAUGAAAAUGUCCCAUGUCCUGAAAUGUCAAUAGAUGUGUUUGUUUUGCCCUCUACGACUUCAUCCUUGGAGACUCUGAGAACGCCGUACCGUGUGGCAUUUCGAGCAGGACAAUAAAAGCUGGAUAAUAUCGCAAUGUGAACGAGAAGCCGAGGUUUUGAUAUGUCCACGACCGUAGGGGCUUCUUUGCAUGGCUGAUGUUGUCUAUAAACUGGUUCCUCUCUGUUCGUUUCAUAUUGUAUGUCUGUCCUGUUUCCACUGUGAGAAGAGAGACGCCACUCAUCCAGAUGGGACUGCCACAGCUCAAAACCAGUCGGAAACGAUUCAUCCCUAUUUACAAAAUGCAAUGUCUUUGGUUUUUAACAUCAAGCUGAUUUUAUUCCCAUCCGCUUUUGUUUGAAACCA